AGUGUGUGGCUGAACUUAAGAAGCAAAAGCUGCCACUCACUAAUUUACUUCUUUUGAUCGUUGGCUUUUCCCUCACAUUAGACGUGUGCCAUGAAGAUCCAGGAGAGUCUUAGUGGCUCAGAGCCGUCAGACAGCUGCGAAGACGUCCCCCGAUUGGACUUAUCCACUCUGACCGAGGAGAACAACUGGGGAGAACCGGUACCGGACGACUCGUGGUGGCAGAGGGACAGUAUGGACCGAGAGGAGGCUCGUCUCUCCCCUCACGCUGGCGGGCAGCAGAUCCGGCAGCUUCUGGAGGGCGACACCGACCCCAUGCUCUCGCCUCGUUUUUACGCUUACGGACAAAGCCAGCAGUUCUUGGAUGACACCGAGGUCCCGCCCUCGCCACCUAAUGCUCACUCAUUUGUCAGUCGGAGACGGAGUUCUUCGCUGGGCUCCUGUGAUGACGGGCGUGAGGAGCUGACCUCUGCUCAGCUCUCGAAAAAGAUCCACAGUCUGAAGAGGAAGAUCCGCAAGUUUGAGGAGAAGUUUGAGGAGGAGCGGAAAUACAGACCCUCACACAGCGACAAAGCCGCCAACCCAGAAGUCCUGAGAUGGAUGAAUGAAUUGGCCAAACUGCGUAAGGACCUGAAAGAACACAAGUUAAUGAAGUCAGAGGAGGACCUGACGCCAGCCCCACGGCAACGCAGCAACACGCUGCCCAAGAGCUUCGGCUCUCAGCUGGAAAAGAAGAGCCCAGAGGCCCGGGCUCCCAAGCCGCCUGUGGAGAGCACUCUGGAGGCUGUGAUGAAUAAACUGAAGGAAAAGCGAGAUGAAGACGGCCGCCCAGAGGACAUCAAGGAUAUGACCCGCGAACAAAUCGGCGCAGAAAAAGUAGCCCUUCAAAAGGCUCUACUUUACUAUGAGAGCAUCCACGGAAGACCGGUCACUAAAAGUGAGAGGCAGAUCAUGAAACCUCUAUAUGACCGAUAUCGACUUGUCAAACAAAUUCUGUGCAGGGCUUCCACCAUCCCAGUCAUAGGCUCUCCCUCCAGUAAACGUAGAGGUCCUCUUCUCCAGCCCAUUAUUGAGGGCGUACCUGCACUGUUCUUCGACAACGCCAAGGAAGAGGAAGAUGGUUCUGAUGAUGAAAAUGACAACAGGGCACAAUUCACAGUGACUGUCAAACCGGAGCUCAGCAUGUUGAGCUUACUGGAGCAACUGGAGGAUGAUGUCGAAGGAUUCAUCUCUCCUGUGGAUGAACUUUCACCCUCCAAAAAUACCACAGACAUGAGACUGUCCAACUUACAUGCUGCCACAAUGCAAGAACUCGUGGAACAGCUCCAAGAAGCCCGCGAGGAAAAGAAAAGAAUACGCAAGAAUUUGCGGGAGUUUGAGGAUCAGUUCUUCAGGCAAAAUGGCAGAAAUGUCCAAAAGGAGGAUCGCUCACCACUAGCUGUCGAGUACAAUGAAUACAAACACGUCAAAGCUAAAUUGAGGCUGCUGGAAGUUCUCAUCAGCAAAAGAGACUCUUCCAAGUUCAUCUGAGAACACCUGCAGGGCUUUCAACCACAAGCCAUACAAGGACAAGAACACACUGCAAGCAAAUCAGCCUCUGAAAAACCUUGUGUGCUACAGAGAGAGAGAGAGAUUGCGGAUUUAUUUUUUCCUCUUUUUCCCGUGCCAUCUGUUCAUCAGAAACAGAUUUGGCUGAAGGAACUGCUUCUGAACCACAACUCAACCUGCAUUUGUAAACACUUCAUUUUCACUCACAGAGAAAUGGAGCUUCAUUGUGUGUUGUUCAACCGGAUGCUCAGAUUUUUCAAUGUGUCUUUUUUUUUUUUUUUUUUUACAAUGCUUUCUCUCUUUGAUUGCACUCACUUCCUGUGAACUUUUACCAACCUUGUCUGACCCAUACCUCAGCAAACGCAGACUCUCUGAAAUCCAAAACCAUCCUUUAAUCUCUCAUUCACUGAAGGCACAGUUUGUUUUAUUGAACCUUUAUUCCAUUUGAAUGUUGGGAAAUCAUGGAGCUAAUGAUAAGUAAAUCAGAUAGGAACUACCGCAUCCACAGUGUUAGUGAGAGUAUUAAUCACCAAUAGUAAUGGGACAAAGAACUGAGAGGGUUUUUUUUAAUGUGCACUACUUGUGAAUAAUGUGUGCAUUGUAUCCAAACAGUGACUUGAGCAUUUUUAAUAUAAAUGAGUUGAAGACUGCAACUGUUAAAAAAGGAGGCAUUUUGUACAUACAAUAACAGCAGUAUGCAUGAAAUUCACUCUGGAAGAUGUUUUAUUCAUCCUGGUUUUUUUGUUUUGUUUUUUUAACAUUUGCUUCGAUGGGUGCCAUCGUGGUCCACCUGCUUGGUUCUGGCGGAGGCUCUGAAUAUGCAGAGUCAGAGCCGUGAAGUUUAUUUUCUGUUCACUCCUGCUUGUUUUGUUCAAUAAUUUUUCAAUCAAUUUAAAGCACCAUUUUAAUACGAAUUACAAAUUUGAUUAUAUCUGUUGAGUUAGAAUCAUACCAGAGGGCAGGUCAUUUUACUUUAAUGGAAGAUUUGCUCAUAAAUGUUUUGAUUUUGUGUGGAAUAAGCUGGUUCUCAUACGCAGUGUUCGGCAGUGACCCGGGCAGGUUGGAAAGGCCCGUUUCUUGACUAAAAUAUAAGGAAUUCAGGAUGAUUGUAAUGAGUAGAUCUAUAAGGAUCUGUAUUAAUAGGGGUGACUGAGUAGAGACUUUUUUUUUCUAAAAUGAAUACUUGCAGUGUAAUUGUUUUAUUGGACACAAACACUGGUGGUUGUAAUGAAUAUAACUGUGUACAUUUUAGUACAUAAUUGUAUUUGCAUUUUGUACAUAUAAAAACAAGACUUAUUUUUACUGA